AUGGCGGCGACGGUGACGCUGGAGCCUGCGGGCCGCUGCCGCUGGGACGAGCCCGUGCGCAUCGCCGUGCGCGGCCUGGCCCCGGGACAGCCGGUCACGCUGCGCGCGUCCCUGCGCGACGAGAAGGACACGCUCUUCCGAGCCCACGCGCGCUACUGCGCCGACGCCCACGGCCAGCUGGACCUCGAGCGCGCGCCCGCGCUGGGCGGCAGCUUCACGGGCCUCGAGCCCAUGGGGCUCCUCUGGGCUUUAGAGCCCGAGAAGCCCUUGCUGCGGCUGGUGAAGCGGGACGUGCAGACGCCCUUCGCCGUGGAGCUGGAGGUGCUCGAUGGCCACGACCCGGAGGCCGGAGGGCUCCUGGGCCGGGCGGUGCACGAACGCGACUUCCUGGCGCCGGGGGUGCGGCGCGAGCCCGUGCGCGUGGGCCGGGUGCGCGCCACCCUCUUCCUGCCGCCAGGCACAGGACCAUUCCCUGGAAUCCUCGAUCUUUUUGGAAGUGGUGGUGGCCUUUGUGAAUACAGGGCCAGCCUCCUGGCUGGACAUGGUUUUGCUGUGCUUGCUCUGGCUUAUUUCAGAUUUGAAGACCUCCCUGAAUAUUUGAAUAACGUGUGCCUGGAGUACUUUGAAGAAGCUGUGGACUUCAUGCUGCAACAUCCAGAGGUGAAAGGCCCUAGUGUUGGGCUUCUUGGCUUCUCCAAAGGAGGUGACCUGUGUCUCUCAAUGGCCUCUUUCUUGAAGGGCAUCACAGCUACUGCAGUUAUUAAUGCCUGUGUGGCCAACACAAUAGCUCCUCUGCAUUACAAGGAUAUGAUUAUUCCUAAUCUCAGCAGUGACCCAGGGAAAUAUAAAAUCACUGAGUCAGGCCUUUUGAAUUUGGCAGAUAUUUGGAACGACCCACUGGAGAAACCCAACCACCGAAGUCUUAUUCCAUUGGAAAAGGCCCAGGGACCCUUCCUGUUUAUCGUUGGCAUGGAUGAUCAUAACUGGAAGAGUGAAUUCUAUGCUCAGAUAGCCUCUGAACGGUUACAAGCCCAUGGGAAAGACAGACCCCAGAUAAUCUACUACCCAGGAACUGGCCAUUGUAUUGAUCCGCCUUAUUUUCCUCUUUGUAGAGCCUCUGUGCAUGCAGUUUUGGACCAACCAGUAUUCUAUGGAGGUGAGCCAAAGGCUCACUCAAGGGCACAGGUAGAUGCCUGGCAGCAAAUCCAAACUUUCUUCCAUAAACACCUCAAUGGUAAAAAAUCUGUCAAGCCCAGCAAAUUGUAACAUUGUAAUCAUAGACCAUAU